AAAAAUUUGGAAAAGAAAAACUUAACAUUUAAAUAUUACUCUUAGUGUAGCAAAUCUACAAAUAUCUUUAGGAGAUUGUGGAUAAAUCUGCAAACAAUAAUCGUGAUGGAGCUACUCUUGAUGAUACUUUUAAUUCUAACAACUCUGUGCAUGGGACUGGUGCUCCCAAAACCUGCAGAGUAUGGUCCAGUCUCUGAGAAUUACAUCUGUGAUGUCAACUAUAUUAAAACAACCGAUUGUGAAACUAUUGAACUGGACUUCCUUAAAGAUGAGUAUUGUUGCAAGAAAUGUCCAGAUGGACGGAAAAACCCGUUUCCACAACACAGUAUUAGUUGCUCUGACAUUAAAGAGCAACCGACGACCGAGUUAGAAAACACAACUCCCGAACCUUUUACUACUGCUAUUAUAGAAACAACGACUGCAGCUGGGACAACAACUCCGUAUCUACCAGAUGAUCCUACAACAACAGCAGUUUCCAUUCCACAAAAAAUCACUUCAGAACAAGAUACGAAGGAUGAAAUUGAUCCGCCACUGGUCACAGCUACAAAAUUGCCUGGCGCAACCAUUGCAGCGAUUGUUGUCAGUGUGAUUAUUGGUAUGAUAAUAGCAGCCCUAGCAGUGUAUUGCUAUUGCAAAAAAAAGAGUCAGAAUACUGCGUUAGAAGACAAGCCUUUGCCAGUAGAUGAAGAAAAUCCCUUGGUGCCCGAUCCACAGCAGGCAGAUGAACAGUAAAAAUGACACAUAUCUUUCAAAGUCUCACUCGUGUUAGAUUGCAGCUAGUAUUUUGAAUUACUGGUUUUAUUUUUUUUUUUCAUUUAGUUUUUAUUUGAUGUUAUCUUAUAAAAGGUAUUCAUGAGCGUGUCAAAGUCAAGCGGAUCCAUUGUCCCCCAUCUGAAGAUAACAAUAUUAAAAUAAAAAAAAUGGAAUAAAAAUAAAAUAAAAAUAUUAAACACAAAAAAAAAUAAAAAAAACGAUAUAGUUCUUGCAAAAAAAUUUUCGUUUUUAUUUUAUCAUGUUUGUGCUAUUUAUUUUCUACAUCAUUUUAAUAUUGUAAAUGCUAAUGAACAAAAAGUUUGAUUUUAUAUAUUGUUAGUAAACCAUUGCAUUUUGGUCAUCAGUAUUCAAGAUGAGUUAUUUACACAAAUAAAGACAGCUUGAUGACAUGAGCAAAAUCUUCAACUGGUACGUUAAAAGCUAAUAUUCAUUAUCCAUCGCCUCCCACCAGCUGGCUUGUAUGAAAUUACUUCUUUUGCUUUCAACUCGUUUAAUAUUAAAUAAGCUGAUGAAUAAAAGCAAAAGCAUUACAGUCAAUUUUUUUUUGCAUUUAUGUAGUCAUCUUGAAUGGUACAUAGCGAAGACUUUUUCUCGUGGCCCCAGAGAAUUUCUCUGUGGCCCUUGGCCAGUGUUCUCUCUAGUUUUUUGUAGUAUGUGUGCGCAGAAAUUUUGGUGUGUGCGCACUUUUUUGGAAAUGACUAAUAUUUGAGCAAAAACCAAUGAAGAAAUUUUGGCGUUCUAACCGGGUAAUAAGUGGGCCAACAACAAACUUUAUCAACCUGCUAAUUGAGAACAUUGUUGCAUUACAUCGAAAUACAUCUGUGCGCAGUAAAUCUAUGCGUGGGCACAGCCUCUGAAAGCUGUUUGCGCCCGCACAUUUUAGAGGGAACACUGCCCUUGGCUAUGUGAAAACAAUUAUUACUGAAAGGAUUGAUCUCGAAACUCCUUAAACUGAAUUCUAUCUUUUGUCUGAAAUUCCUUACAUUGCAGACCAUACUUUUGUUUUUGUCCCAUCUGCCAUACACAACAUAGAGUGCAAUAAUACAGUAUAGCAAUAGAGUAGAAUAAUAUUAUUGAUUGAAAGAAAAAUGCCUAAAAACUGCAUUUCACUGCUGAAAAUUUCGUUUAUUAUUAGUUGAUAUUUUAAGGAAAUACACUUGGUCCCAAGCACUCACUCAGAAGUUAAGAAGAUUAUUCUCCUAGAGACAUUACGGGUGAUUAAGGAAAAUGAAAAUGCUAAUGGAUCAAAAAUCAUUACCUUCAUUAGCCCUACUUUUUUCAUUAUAGCGAAGAAUUGUUCGAUUUUAUUAAUGUAAUAUUGCUUACAACUUUUUUCUUAGUCAAUUGAUAGAGUGAUGCACUAGAAAAUAUGGAACUUUGAACAUUUUUAUAAAUUUACCCAGAUUUUUGUUAAUUAAUACUUAAUAGUACCAUAAUUAAAUUUUGUGAUCAGCAUGGCUGAGAUAAGCAUUGUUUUCAAGUCAUGAACUGAAUGAAGCCCGUUUUAUGUCUGGCAACUAGAUGCCAAAUGCUUUUACAACUAUAAAUAAUCGACCAAGUCAUACUGAUUUACUACAGCCUAGUGUAUAACACUCAAUUUAGACUCCAAGUCCCGAGUAUUUAUUGCAACUUACCAUAAUACAGUGUUCUUUAAAAUAGGAAUUUUUUUUAGGGAAUAUUUUCACAUUUUUAUUGGUUUUAGGCCCCACAGAAACAGUUGCUAAUAUAAAGCUGCUAUGUUGAGAGAUAGAAAACACUGAUUUUGGACACAAAGCAUUUCCCUAGCAUUUUUUUUUUU